AUGUCAAAUAUGCCGACUACCAUUGUCAACUCCACGUCCCAUAACACCACGACGAACCAGCAAUGCUUAACUUUUGUAGCCGCCAAUAUGAUGAGCGGAUCUGGAAAGUUUCUUGCUCUCAUUGCGGCAUAUGUUCUUAGCAGGAUUGUGCACCACCUUUUAAAGCCUUUAUCCCAACCUUACAUAACUUCUGAUCUUCUCAUAGGGCUCAUCCUUGCUAGCCUACCACCUGUACGUGACUCCUUUGUGAAUCAAUUAAUUUUGACUUUGGAAAAUGUUGUUGACUUCGGAAUGAUUUGCUACGCAUUCGUUUUGGGUCUAGAAAUGGACCCUUACGUGGUCUUUAAGUCGCCAACUCGCCAUGCAAUGGUGGCCUAUGCUGGAAUGCUCUCCACAUUUAUCAUAGCAUGCGCUAUAAUUCCAUGGCUGCAUUAUUCGAAACAGACAAACUUGGUCACCUUCACUAUCGCCCUCUCCGUCACUCUCUCCGGUAAUGGCUCUCACAUACUGACUCGCCUCAUAACCAAUCUCAAAAUAGGCAAGUCGGAUAUAGGAAAGCUUGUUAUUGGUGCAGGUGUGCACUCUGAUAUGAUUACCAUGUUUUUACUCUCCGUCAAUUUUAUUUUUGCUUCAAUGGAGAAUAAUACAAGUGCUCGAGAAGGAAUUAAGGAUGCCAUCAAAAUAGGUUCUGCACUUGUGAUUCAAACAAUAGUCGCAGCAAAGAUUUCACCAAUUUUCAUGAAUUGGGUUAACAACGAAAACCCUGAAGGAAAGCCCCUGAAGGGCUCACACCUUGUUCUCUCAAUGGCCUUCAUGGCCGUUAUAUGCACCUGUGCACCAUGGUACGGUUACAACUCUCUUCUUAGUGCGUUUAUGGCAGGGCUUUUUUUACCAUCCGAGGGACGAAUAUCGAAAUGGGCGAUUAGCAAAAUCAACUACUUGUUAAGCACACUUUUUUACCCACUUUUUUUCUUUUGGGUGGGGCUUAAAGUUGAUUUCUCAAGUUUUCAAGCAGGCGAUAUGGGAACAUGGGUAAGGUUUUUUUCUCUUUUAUUGAUCACAACAGUUGGGAAAGUUGCUGGAACAGUUAUCUGUGGGUUACUCUUAGGUUACCAUUGGCCAGAAUUGGUAGCCCUUGGAAUGCUUUUGACGGCAAAGGGUCAUUUUCACGUAUACUUCGCUAUUCUCGUACUAAGGAGGGGAAUAAUCGACGUGACAACCUGUAUCUCGAUGGUGAUUGUGAUCUUCUUAACCAUUGUGCACACACCAUUUGUUGUGAAGCAUAUAAUUGAACGAGCAAGGAAACGGGUACCAAUUCACCGGAUGGCUCUGCAGUGGCUUUAUCCUUCUAGCGAACUUAGAAUCUUGUUAUGCGUCCAUGGACCUCAUAAUUUGCCUUCUACCAUCAAUUUAAUGGAGAUCACUCGAGGCGCACCUGAGCCUGGACUCUUUGUUCAUGUCACAGACAUGAUUGAACUUACAGAGCAAAUAGCUGCAACGCUGGUACCAGGUGAAGGAGCCGACAACAUGACAGUAACUGACACGUCGGUGACAGAAAUGAGAGAUCAAAUAACUCGUGCCUUUCAAACUUACGUAGAUGAAAAUAGCGGUGGUAUUACGCUUAGCCGAAUGCUUGCACUUUCAACAUUCAAUGGCAUGGCACAAGAUCUUAGUGUUUUAGCAGAAGACUUUAUGGUUUCCCUUAUUUUAUUACCGUUUCAUAAGAGACUGAACGCAGACGGUACACUUGAUGGAGGCCAUCCUGGCUUUAGAUAUGUAAAUCGUAAGCUGCUUAGGAAUGCCCCAUGUUCUAUUGGCAUUUUGGUAGACAGAGGCUUUGGAUCUAUCGCGAAAAUAUCAAGAUCAUCUGUAGCUAAUGUGGCAAUCAUUUUUAUUGGAGGCAAAGAUGAUCGAGAAGCACUAGCCUAUGCCGGUCGCGUAGCAUGGCAUCCUGGAGUAAAGCUCACGGUCAUAAGAUUCCUAGUAGAUAAAAAUUCAGAAAAUGCACCAAGAAGAGUGAAUCAAAGAGUAAGUAUGGCAGAGCAAGAAGAAGAGAUGAAGCUUGAUGACGAGUGCUUUGCUGAAUUCUAUGAGAGAUAUGUAGCAGGGGGUAAAGUAGCUUAUGUGGAGAAGCAUCUUGCAAAUUCAUCUGAGACCUACACUAAUCUUAGGUCAUUGGAAGGGCAAUAUUCUCUCAUCAUUGUAGGGCGAGGUGGAAGAGUCAAUACAGUAUUGACUCUAGGACUCAAUGAUUGGCAACAAUGUCCGGAACUGGGUCCCGUUGGGGACGUACUUUCAGGUUCAGGUUUCACAUGCAAUACGUCCAUUUUGAUCAUCCAACAACACAGUAUCAAAGGACAACUAGAUGGCCUAAGUGAUGAGUUUUCCAUUAUGUAAACGCCAAUCCUAGUAAGAUAGGUUUAAACUUUAGGAUACCAGAAAACCCAAGCCAAAUUAUUUGUAGAAAUGUAGCUUGUAGGAAGAAAUAUAUAUUCUUUCAUCACCAUUUGGACAUUGUUAAUUAACUCAACAAAACAGCGCAAGAGCAGUGCUUGACCGGACAUCGACCAAUUCACUAAUCAAUAUGCAUUCCAAAAUAUAAAUAACCUUCCAAGCUUACCAUUUGGCACCAUCACCAUGUGCUUGGAGGCCUAUUUGUGUCAGCGAAUGGCACUUUGCAGCCAUUAAUGGAACAGUCUCACCUGGAUUCUUAGACGAAGGGAGGAGAUAACUCCCACUUGUAUUGCCCUCAAUAGGAUUUGGAGCAAAUAACUCCCAUUUUGUGAAUGUAAGAUAAGCCUUUAUAUCUAACUAAACUAGAACGUGCUACCAAAUUCAUUGGCAUACCUCACAAUCACAUUAAUGGAGAACUAGGAAACACACUCUAAAAAGUCCUGUAUGCAAAACCUCCUAAU